CCUGGAACGUCGUUAGGUUAACAUGGAUAGUUUCAAUCAGCGUUUUGAGUCGACUGCGGGACGUGACAGCAAGUCUCAAAAGAAGAAGGGCUCUUUCCAACAGAGCACGUCGGUGUACGAUGAAGGAGACCGCAAACCAAAAUUUCUGGACAGAUUUGCCAGUAUCCGGAUUCCGGGUAGUAAAAAGGAGCGGCCACCCUUAACGCAAGCUAAAAACAACAGUAACGAUUGGUCCUCUUCGUCGUCCCUCAACUCUCAUCACUUCGAAGAAAAAGAGAUCUUGGCUCUGUUUGAAAAGAUGAUGGAGGACAUGAACUUGAAUGAGGACAAAAAGACUCCUUUGAGGGACAAGGACCUGAACACAAAGCGAGAAAUGGUCCUCCAGUACAUUUUUACUGCCUCCAAAACUGGUAGCUUGCGGAGCAGCCAUCAGAUAUCUCCACUGGAAUUCCUGAGUGAGCUGAAGUCAGGGGUGAUGGAUGAACGUCUGUUUGCCUGCCUCGACUCACUGCGAGUGUCCCUCACCAGCAAUCCUGUCAGUUGGGUGCAGAGCUUUGGGCAUGAGGGUCUUGGACUGCUGCUGGACAUUUUGGAGAGACUGCUCCACAAGAAACAGCAAGACAGGAUUGAUAAAAAGAAUCAGCAUAAAGUUGUCCAGUGUCUGAAGGCCUCCAUGAACAAUAAGUAUGGCUUGGAUCGGAUUCUGGGCGAGGAAAAAAGUCUUGCUUUACUGGCAAGAGCCAUUGAUCCCUCGCAGUCUGCCAUGAUGACCGACGUGGUGAAGCUCCUCUCAGCCAUCUGCAUCGUCGGUGAAGAAAACACCCUGGAGAAGGUCCUUGACGCCAUCACCACAGCAGGGGAAUGGCGAGCCAUUGAGAGGUUCAGCCCUAUUGUACAAGGACUCCGAGACCGCUCGGUUCAGUUACAAGUGGCAUGCAUGCAGCUCAUCAAUGCUCUGGUUACAUCUCCUGAUGAGUUGGACUUCAGGCUGCACAUUAGAAAUGAAUUUAUGCGCUGCGGCCUGAAAGAGAUACUGCCGCACCUGGCGGCGAUCAGAAACGAGGCCCUUGACAUCCAGCUCAAGGUGUUCGAGGAGCACAAAGAAGAAGACAUGAUGGAGUUUUCUCACCGCCUGGAAGACAUCAAGUGCGAGCUGGACGAUGCGGAGGAUGUGUUCCGUAUUGUGCAGAGCACAGUGAAGGACAGCAGUGCGGAGCCCUAUUUCCUCUCUAUCCUGCAGCACCUGAUGCUGAUCCGCAACGACUACUUGGUCAGGCCUCAGUACUUUAAGAUCAUUGAGGAGUGUGUUGCACAGAUCGUGCUCCACCGCAGUGGCACCGAUCCAGACUUCAGUUACCGCAAGCGCCUAGAUGUUGACUUCAGCCACCUCCUGGAGAUAUGUGUGGAGAAAGCUCGGACAGACGAGUACGAACAAAGAGCUUCGGAGCUGGCACAGAAGUUUGAUGAGGAGUUCCUGAGCAGACAGGAGGCACAAACUCAACUGGCAAAGUGUGAAGAAACCGUAGCAGAACUCCAAGCAGAGCUCCAGGCCUUCAGGUCUCAGUUUGGAUCGGCUCCUGCUUGUGUGACCGCUCACCAGGCCGUCCAGGCGUUGUCUUGCCCCCCGCCUUCAGGACCUCAUCCAGCCCAUGCUGGAAUGCCCCCUCCCCCUCCGCCUCCCCCUCCCCCUCCUCCACCCCCACCCUUGCCCGGCUGCCCUGCUGCCCCUCCUCCGCCCGGGCUGCCUCCUCCGCUUGGUGCUCCCCCUCCGCCCCCUCCCGGGCUGUUCGGCGGUCUGGGCUCCCCCACCCCACACACGCUGCCUUACGGCCUCAGGCCCAAGAAGGAGUUCAAACCUGAGACCUCCAUUAAGCGCCUCAACUGGUCCAAGAUUCGUCCCCAGGAAAUGUCAGAGGGCUGUUUCUGGGUGCUGGUUGAUGAGGACCGGUAUGCAAAGCCAGAUUUGCUCAACAAAGUUGCUCUAACAUUUGGAUCACAAAAAGCAGCCAAAAAAGAAGAGGAGGAUCUGGAGGAUAAGAAAACCAUAAAGAAGAAAAUUAAGGAGCUCAAGGUGCUCGAUCCCAAGAUUGCACAGAACCUGUCCAUCUUUCUGGGUUCCUUCCGAAUGCCUUAUCAGGAAAUUCGACGCAUGAUAGUGGAGGUGGAUGAGGACCAACUGACGGAAUCCAUGAUCCAGAACCUUGUGAAGCAUCUCCCCGAGCAGGAGCAGCUGAACGCACUGGCAAAGUACAAAAAUGAGUACUCCAGUUUGUCUGAGCCCGAGCAGUUUGGGGUUGUGAUGAGCAGCGUGAAGCGUCUGCGCCCGCGCCUCAGCCACAUCCUCUUCCGGCUGCAGUUCGACGAGCAAGUCAACAACCUGCGUCCAGACAUCCUGGCUGUAAACGCCGCGUGCGAUGAGGUCAGGAAGAGCCGCGCCUUUGGCCGCCUGCUGGAGCUGGUGCUGCUGCUGGGGAAUUACAUGAAUGCCGGCUCUCGAAACGCCCAGUCGUACGGCUUCGACCUCAGUUCCCUCUGCAAGCUUAAAGACACUAAAUCUGCAGACCAGAAGACCACGUUGCUUCACUUCCUUGCCCAAGUGUGUGAGGACGAUUUUCCAGAUGUGAUCAAGUUCAUCGAUGACCUGGAGCACGUGGAUCGAGCCAGCAGAGUGUCUGCAGAGAAUCUGGAAAAGAGCCUCAGGCAGAUGGAGAGGCAGCUGCUGCAGCUGGAGAGAGACCUGGAGACUUUCUCCUCCCCCGAUGACCCCAACGACAUGUUCCACACCAAAAUGGCUAGCUUCAGUAAAAUCGCCCGAGAGCAGUAUGGUAAACUGGAAACCAUGCACAGCAAUAUGGAGACGCUGUAUCAAAACCUGCUGGAAUACUUUGCUGUUGAUCCCAAGAAGACCUCGGUGGAUGAGCUGUUUACUGAUCUCAGCAACUUCCGCUCCAUGUUCACCCAAGCACUGAAGGAGAACUUCAGGCGGCGGGACUUAGAGGAGAAGCAGAGGAAGGCACGGGCAGCAAAGGAGAAGGCGGAGCGUGAAAAGCAGGAGAGACAGCAGAAAAAAAGGAGGCUGCUGGAAGUCAAUGCAGAGAACGAUGAGACGGGUGUGAUGGAUAGUUUGCUGGAAGCCCUACAGUCAGGAGCUGCUUUCAGAGACCGCAGGAAGAGAGCGCCAAGACCCAGAGAUACCCAGCAGCAGACGAUCAGCCCCAGCUCCUUCCGCCAGGUCCUCAGGCCUGUUAAUUAUGAAAACAACAAGGCGCCUUUACAAAGGUCCCGCUCCCGGCAGAAUAUAAAUAUGAGCUCAUCGGCGGUGAAAGCUCCCACCGCCAAGGAGGCCCAGAACGAGCACGAGGGCCAUCCGUCCACGGCCAGGGCCAAGGCGGCGGCGUGCUCGGAGCCGGGCCGCAGGUACAGGAACAUCCCCGGUCUCAGCAGUGGGCUGGACAGAGAGAGGGUGGUCGACAGAGAGGUAUUUAAACCAAGUGAAAGAAAGACGGAGGUCGAAGAGGCUGCGGCGCUCCAGCUGCCCUCCUCCAGUCCGGCGGUCAGCAGUUGCGUCUCCGGCGGAGAGUCGGACGUGGAGGCUCUCCUCGCCAGGUUAAAAGCCUUGUGAGGUUGUUUUCUUAACUCUGAAGUGUUUUGUUUUCUUAUUAUUAUCAAGCACACACUUUGUUUUGACACAUUUAUCUUAAUAUCGUCUGAAUGUAACCUAAAAUAUUCUCCCCGGUCUGAUGAAAGAGAGGAUUUUAUUGUUUCUUCACCUUUUUGUUACUUUGCAGAGAUUCUUUUUUCUCCGUUUGAACAAAGGUAAACACAAAUUUUCGCCACCCUGAGUAGAGCUAAUGCUAACUACCGCCAGGCCUCCAGAGAGGCUAACUCUCAACAACUAUUCCUUCCAGCCUUGAAAGCUUCGGUGCAACUUUUCUUUGUCUUCCAUUUGACUGGGUGGAGAUGAAACACCAGCUCUUGAUCAACACUUUAUCAAAGCGGGAGAGUUAUUGGUUUUGUCUUCGCAGCUCGUUCGCUCUCGUUUGCCGUCAUCAGAUCUCGUUGGCCAUCAAACUUUUUUCACAGCAGAACUUCACUAGCUGUCAGUCCACGGCAAAGCAAAUAACACGGCAACAACACCAAGUUUAGAGUCUAUCGUUUUAUUUUAGCUCCUCGUCUGCAGGCGUUUCCUUCUCAUCGAUGCACCCGCUUAUAAAACUAAAAUUACUUCUUGUCACUUCUAAUUGUCUUUAAGGUUAUCCACCUUCGCUUCCUGUUUGCCCACUUGAAGUUCACCUUCCAUAGCAUUUGUGUUUGCCUUUGAUCAGACCAAAAAUUAAACGUGAAAUAAAAUGUGGGGAAAUCUGCAAACAUCCAAGCCUCCACCUCUCUUCAACUUACCCACAACAUGUACAAACUGUCAAGAGGUUCAAAACGAUAAGAAUUCCUCUUCACAAGGAUGAAACCUCAACUGUUAGGAGACACACAGUGUCUGGUCAAUGCAUCAUUCUGAAUAAAUAAGAAAUAAACACUUAAAGCUUUAUUAAAUCUAUAUUGCUAUUUAUUUUAUUCACAUUUUUGUUCUGCAGGAGUUUGGUUCAGUCUUUUUACCAAAUACAAUUAAAAAUAUUCAGUGAUUCAUACACAUGAGUGUCAUGUUAAUGUUUCAUAGAAAAAGCACUACCAGAUUAAUUCAGCUUUUAUCUGAAGCUGCUAAGUGCACUGCCAAAAAGGUUGGCCAUCUUUUACAAUUUCCGACUUAACAGUGUAUUCCCUAAAAGUCAGGAAUUGUCAUUCAGCACUUUUUUGUAUUCAACAAUUGUUCAAGAGUCCGUCAUGUUGAAGCAUUUCCGAUCACUGCUGAAUGUUUUUUUUUUUUCAUUCUAAUGUCCUCUGUAUUUUUCUGUUUAGUUAAUUCUAUUCAUAUCCAUGUU